AUGGCUUGGCUUAAGCUCCUUACUCUUUCGCAGUUUCCUAAGGACAAUACCCUAGCACAUCAUCUCUGGAGCACGGCGUGGGGUCAAGAAACGUUUGCCCCUUUUGACGUCGAUGUCGUACGGGAUGGUACCUUGUUGGUGGACUUGGACGAACCAAUUCCUGCAACCUGCCAAGUGACCAAUAAUCACCCUUUCAUAUCUAAGCAUUUGAAGCAUGUGGUGGUACGCAAUGAGUAUGUCACGACAUUAGAUACUCUCAUGGCGCUUUCUGUGGAGGUACCCAACAGUAGUAUAAUUGUAGUCGGUCAUCCUGGCAUAGGCAAGACAAUAUUCCUAUUUUAUGUCCUGAUUUAUCGGCUCCAGCGUGGUUUAUCCACCUUCUACCAGAAGACUGCCGAAUCCGUCCUUUACUUCCAUAAAUCCGGUGUCUACAGUAUCCCAGCCAAUCAAGAGCCGGACUCCGUGGACUGA